AUAUACUCGUGUGAGACGCACCUUCUACUUCCGAAGAGUCUAGAAUCACACUGCAUGCAUGAAUGAUUGCGGAGCAAUGAUCCACCUUAUAAAAAUAGUAAAUGCGGGGAGAAGGCAUGUGACUUCCGUUGCCUCUUAUGUUAGCAUAGGGUAAUCAUGAUGAUGAUAUCACCGUCAGAUUCGCUGACUGAAUCUCCCGAGUAGUUAUGACAGAUUUCCCUUGGCUUCCCUGUGCGGCCAACUAUGGUCAGCCAAAGACAUUCUGCUGGAGCCGAAUACUGGUUGGCUUCGCCAUGUGUCCAGUCGCCUGACUCUCGCCUCACCGGUCAGGACACCCGUGCUUUCCCGUACGGUCGUACGAGGUCUUCCGUCACGUCUGAUUCACUUUAUAGAUAAAUGUAAGCCAACAUCAGCUAUAAUGCUGGAUAAUACAGCCGCUCCACACUGAAUAUCAACCUACAAAUACAUAUCCUUCACCAUGUGUAUCGCCUUUUUUUCCACCGCCCAUCCCCAAUAUCGCCUCAUCAUCUGCAACAACCGAGAUGAAUUCCUCCACCGACCAACCUCCCGAGCAGACUGGUGGUCAUCUCCUCAUUCCCACGUCCUCAGCGCCCAAGAUCUUGUGCGCCCCAUCCACCCCACCUGGCUGGGUAUCACAAAGCAAGGCCGCAUCGCUGUGCUAACAAACUACCAUGAAGACACUUGCGCAAAAGCCGUCGGGAAAUACAGUCGCGGCGAGGUCGUCAACAGCUGGCUCACAUCGUCGCCGGAUAGCGCGCAAACCACCCAAGAGUUCGUGAACCAAUGGACCACCAACGGGGAGUUAGCAAAUAUUGGCGGAUUUAACCUUGUGUGUGGAAAUGUUAUGGAGCCGCUGGCGAUUUUGGCCAGCCGAGCGUCGGAGACGGAACCGAUUCUCUGGGUUGCGGACAAACCGGGCCAAACGGUCGGGCUGAGCAAUACGGACUACGAUGAUCGGUCUUGGCCGAAAGUUGAGAAGGGGGAAGACGCGCUUGUUGAUGCGAUUGCGGGGCAUGUUCAGAAUCAGGAGAGCGAGGACGAUUUGAUCGAGAGGCUAUUGGGCGUGCUUAGUGUGGAUACGCUACCUCGAUUGAGCAACGAUGCUGGAGUUCAGGAAUACAUCCCACACCUUCCGCAGAGCGUUUUCAUUCCACCUAUCGGCCGUGAUAAACAGGCGCGGGAUGAAGCAGAACUGCCAGCUAAGCAGGACAAGAGGGAGGAGAGUCCAGUGCUACCGUCGACUCCUGAGGGGACACCCAAUCGUGCAUAUCUAGAAGGGUUGUAUGCGACACAGAAGCAGACGGUCAUCUUGGUGGGGUUCGAUGGGCGAGUCCGGUUCUUUGAACGUACAUUGUACGACGAUGAUGCUCGGCCGGUCUCUACAGAGGCCCGUGACCGGUCGUUUGAGUUCCGGAUUGAAAAGUAGACGCCAUACAGGGGGCUUCGGUUUCACGCGAUUCUAGUUCGCCCAUGUAUAUUUAGAGAGCAUUGCGGCGUUUUGGGGAUAUAUCUCUCGAAUCAUAAAGUUUAGUGAUGAAUCUGAUCCAGUCUAUUGGUAUGUCGGUCAUUGAAUAGUUUUGGGCUCAAUUCCCACGUCAAUGGCAUCAUGCUGUUGAUCACGUUGUCUUCAUUUCGGGACACAGGAAUUCAUCGGCAUCCCGAUACCCCAUGACGCGGCGAGCUUAGAUUAGAGUCGCAUGUCGUGUGGGUUCAUUGUGGAGCACUGAUUGAUAUCAACCGGCCAUAGUUCAUGCCUCAUGAGUGAUUACUGUCGUUAUCAGUGUAGAAUCCGUCCAAGAUUUUAGCGUUCUUCGGUUCCCUUAUUUGCCCGUAUUAUAGCGCCAGCUUCUGUACUUUCGUCGCACACAGUAUUCCUUAAUAAGACAAAGGGCCAAUGCCCAGAUCGAGCGGUCCCGACAAAUAACACGGUCUUGUAGGCCCAAAGGGUAAGGCAAAUGCGGUUCCGGAAUGGUUCGGAGGUGCCCGUCCGCAGCUACACUAAUGAUUAUCUUCUACGGAGCCACGCCGUUCCUGAUCCCCUGUCAUGUUGUUUUCCUUUUUCUUGAUU